AUGUCAUAUAAAAAAUUGAUUUUCCUUAUCGUAUUUAUUUUGGCAUUAAGCAUCAAAAAUGUAGAUAGUGUAAUAAUUAUUAGUCCUGUAUUAAAUUUUUUUGAUAAAAUUUUUGGAGUUAAACGAAUAUUUAAUGGAAUUCGAAACGUAUUUAAAUCAAAAAAAACAGAAUCAUCAAAUAAUUCAGAAAAAAUAAAAAAUUCUAAUAAUCUUUCUGAUAAAAAUAACAAUAAUAAUAAUGGCAAAAGUGAUGUGACGGAAAAAACUCAAAUAAUAGGACCAGACCAUGAAUUGUAUCAAAAAAUAUUAAAUCGUUAUAUCACAACUCAAGAAGAAAUAGAUAAUAAAAUAAUAAAAGAAAAAGAAGAAAAAGAAAAAGAAGAAGAAUUAAAUAAAUUAUGGUAUAAUAAAAUAAAAAACUUUUUUUUUAAAAAAAAGGAAACAAAAAUGCCAUUAACAUUAAUUGAAUACAUAUCCGACAAAAAUAAAAAAAUCUUAGAAUUAGAAUUAAAAGCAGAUAAUUUACUAUCAAAAUGUAGAAAAUAUAAAACAUUCUUUUUUGGAACAACAAUUUUAUUGAUUUUGUUAAGUUCAUUUCCAUUCUUACUUUAUAGUUAUGUAGAUUAUAUAAAUGAUGGUGAUUUGACUACAAGAUUUAAUAAAAUGUGGAAUCGUAAUACAUCUAUUUUAGAAGAAAAAGAAAAAUAUCAUAAUAGCUUUGAAUAUAAAGUUCAUAAACGUAUUAAAAAUUAUCGAAGUUCUACCUAUUUUAAAAUGCUCGAUCUUAACGUUUCAUUAUCAGAAAUUGAUGGCAUUAUCUACCUUCAACUAUCUUUCUGA